UAUUCAUUUCUACGAAAAUGUUAGUUUUUUUAAUCCUUUUAAUAUCGUUAUUUGUCUCAAUAUCUUCCAAUUCAAGUAUCCCACUUUAUAAGAGUGGAAAAAGCAAAUUCUAUUUCGUAUCUACAAACUUGAAAGCCAGCUUUCUGGAUGCCAACGAAAUAUGUAAUCAAAUCGGUAGAAAACUUGUUUCUAUUGAAUCCGAUGAAAGAAAUAAGAAAUUGUAUAAAUUAUUGAGAAAAAAUGUACUUUUAGGCGAUUAUUGGACAUCGGGUACAAAUAUGUUAACGAGUCCGGGCGAAUUUAAAUGGCUUUCAACUAACGAGGAUGCUUACUUUCCCGAUUGGGAAGUAGAUGAAACUCUAAAAGGACCUAACCGUUGUAUUAAAAUAGAUGCAGUUGAGCAUGAACUCAAAUGGAUACCAGUAAGCUGCAACGAAAAAUUGCAUUUUAUAUGUGAAAAAAAUCGCAAUGUUGAAUGGAAAAAGCACGUAACGUUUGAACAUUGGAAAGGAGCUUUCAAUGAUCCAAUUAAUAACUACUAUAAUAUGCCGAAUUACAUCAUAUAUGACCAUAUGAUUUAUCCAGUCUUUACUAUACAGUUGUCAUUUCACGAAGCACUGUCAUUCUGUCAUUCAGUUGGUAUGGAUUUAGUGAGUAUUCCAUCAUUGGAAGAGAACGAUGAAAUUCACAAUAUGAUAUCAAGAUUAACCGACACUCAAAAUAUGUUGUUUUGGUCUGGAGGAUCAAAAGUUAUCGACCGUAAUACUUGGAGUUGGGUGAAAGAUGGAACGCUUGUGAAUCUCUUAAAUUGGUUACCGGAAAAAGCGACAGAUAGUAAUAAAAAUUGUAUUUCGUUAAUAUAUACGAAAGAUCAUGGGCUGGCCUGGAACGCCGAAGAUUGCACAGUAAGAAUGAAUUUUCUUUGUUCCAUUGAAUAUGCACCAGACGAAACUGAUGUAGAAGAUUAUGAAGAGGAAAAAUUAGAAGCGCAAUACGAUAAUGACUUUUUAUGAUAUUAUCGAUUUUGUUUUCAUGAUUAUUAAAACCAAGUAGUUUCUAUAUACGUGCAUGGUAAUAAUAAAAUUAUUUCCUAU